AAGCAUUAAUUUGUAUUACUAAUCGCGUUGCGUGUGGCUGCAUGCGCUGGAAUCUCAUUUUAAAUAUAGUUUGUUUUUAAGUUAAAAAGUGUAUCAAAUACUUUGAUUCAGCUGCCCAGGUAGGCGGCAAUCUCGACCACACACAAACAAACAUGGUUUUGUUUCUGCCGUCAACGAUUUUGGGGCGCAGCUACCUGCUUUUUGUGCUGGCGCUAGUCGUGGGCGUGUUCGCCCAGCACGAGUGGCAGGCGCGCGACCCCUUUGAUGAGAUCAAAAUACAGUUUGACAAGGUAAAUGCUGACAACUGUCCCAUACAGCAUCAUGCGGAUCUGUUUAUGCCGCUGGAUGCCGUCUCUCACAAGCCGGACAUCAAAGAGGUGAAUGUAAAUCCCGUGUUUCCCAAUCGCACGGCCUUGCUGCAUCUGCAAAACAUGGCGUUGAGUCGAAGCUUCUUUUGGAGCUACAUACUGCAGUCGCGCUUCAUACGUCCGGCCAUCAAUGAUACCUAUGAUCCGGGCAUGAUGUACUAUUUCCUUUCCACCGUGGCAGAUGUUUCGGCCAACCCCAGCAUUAACGCCUCGGCCAUUUACUUUGCGCCCAAUAGCUCGUACUCCUCGUCGUAUCGUGGCUUCUUCAAUAAGACCUUCCCACGAUUUGGGCCGCGUACUUUCCGUCUGGAUGACUUCAAUGAUCCCAUACAUUUGCAAAAGAUUUCCACGUGGAACACUUUCGAUGUGCAGGACUUGGGCGCUCAUCAUCCCGAUACCAUAUCGAAAGAUUACACACAUGAUUUUUAUAAAAUAAAUGAAUGGUAUCGCGCCUGGCUGCCGGACAAUGUCGAUGGUCGGCAUGACACAAAGAUCACCUACCAAGUGGAGAUUCGCUAUGCGAACAAUACAAAUGAAACAUUCACAUUCCAUGGUCCGCCUGGCUCCGAAGAGAAUCCGGGACCGAUAAAGUUUACACGCCCUUAUUUCGACUGCGGACGAUCUAACAAGUGGCUGGUGGCGGCCGUGGUGCCCAUUGCAGACAUUUAUCCCAGGCACACUCAGUUCCGUCACAUCGAGUAUCCCAAAUAUACUGCUGUAUCCGUACUGGAAAUGGACUUUGAGCGCAUAGACAUCAAUCAGUGUCCGCUGGGCGAGGGUAACAAGCCGCCGAAUCAUUUUGCAGGCACGGCACGAUGUAAAGAGGAAACAACCGAAUGCGAGCCAUUACACGGCUGGGGCUUUAGACGUGGCGGCUAUCAGUGUCGCUGCAAGCCGGGCUACCGACUGCCCAACACAGUACGGCGACCCUAUCUUGGCGAGAUUGUGGAACGCGCCUCGGCGGAACAGUAUUACAAUGAAUACAAUUGCCUCAAAAUUGGCUGGAUACAAAAGCUGCCCAUACAGUGGGAGAAGGCGCCCUAUCACAUACGCGAGAAGUACUUAGAUUUGCAUUCCGAGUAUCGCAAUUAUACGACAGGCUCCAGAGCACUGCACACGGAGCAUGUGAACGUUGAUCAGGCGCUGAAGUAUAUUCACGGCGUCAACUUUCGCACAUGCAAGAACUUCCAUCCACAAGAUUUGAUACUGCGCGGCGAUGUUAGCUUUGGCGCCAAGGAGCAGUUCGAAAACGAAGCGAAGAUGGCCGUGCGUCUGGCCAACUUUAUUAGCGCCUUUUUACAGAUAUCGGAUCCCAAUGAGGUAUAUUCGGGCAAACGUGUGGCGGACAAACCGCUGACCGAGGAUCAAAUGAUUGGCGAGACCCUGGCCAUUGUGCUUGGCGACAGUAAGGUCUGGUCGGCGUCAACGCUUUGGGAGCGCAAUAAGUUCACCAAUCGCACAUACUUUGCACCCUAUGCAUACAAAACGGAGCUGAACACGCGCAAGUUCAAGGUGGAGGAUCUGGCGCGUCUCAACAAAACGCACGAGCUCUACACCGAGAAGAAGUACUUCAAGUUCCUCAAACAGCGCUGGAACACGAACUUUGAUGAUCUAGAGACGUUCUACAUGAAAAUCAAGAUACGUCACAAUGAGACAGGUGAAUACCAGCAAAAGUACGAGCACUACCCCAACUCGUAUCGCGCCGCAAACAUCAAGCACGGCUACUGGACUCAGCCGCAGUUCGAUUGCGAUGGUUAUGUCAAGAAGUGGUUGGUGACCUAUGCGGUGCCCUUCUUUGGGUGGGACAGCCUCAAAGUCAAACUGGAAUUCAAGGGUGUGGUCGCUGUGUCCAUGGACAUGAUGCAGCUGGACAUUAAUCAGUGCCCGGACUGGUACUACGAACCAAAUGCCUUUAAGGGCACGCACAAGUGCGAUGAAAAGACCUCAUAUUGUGUGCCCAUCAUGGGACGUGGAUAUGAGACUGGCGGCUAUAAAUGUGAGUGCCUGCAGGGCUAUGAGUAUCCAUUUGAGGAUCUAAUCACCUACUAUGACGGCCAGUUGGUUGAGGCAGAGUAUCAAAACAUUGUUGCCGAUAAGGAGACGCGUUACGAUAUGUUCAAGUGUCGCCUGGCGGGCGCAUCGGGCUUGCAAUCGGCGCUGGGUCUGGUCAUCUCACUGAUUGGCCUUACUUUAACGCUACUUUUUAGAUUUAGUUAAACGUCCAUAAGCCAAAUAUCUAACUUCAAUUUCCGUCCACACGAAGCUCACAUCAAACUCUUCAUAAAAAGUAAAAACAAAAAAGAAACGUAAAGAAAACUGACAAAGCAACAGCAACUCAAAGACACAAAAUUGACACCCAAAACAAAACGCGCUGUUGCCGAAAAAAAAAAUCACAGAAAACCCAACCAAGUUGUCCGUUCCGAAUUCUAUAUAUAUUUUUAUAUAUAUGUACUCUUAUAUAUUUUAUAUUCUCUAGAUGCGCCUUUGAACAUUGUCAUCAUUUAUCUGCAAGGCGAUUAAGUUGUAGACAUAAUCUAUUACAAUGAAUCUGGUUAUUUGUCAUUUCUAUCAAAAGCGGCAGCAGCACCAGAAAAGCGCAAACAGCCGCGCCUACUGCGCUCAGAUUACGGAAGCGUCGUCUCUACUGAUGCUGUUGUUGCUGCUGCUGCUGCUGCUGAUGGUGCGACUGCGGCCCUUGCUAAUGUCCGUGAAGCUGCACAGCUGUGUGCGUGUGUGCUUGCUCAGAGUUUGCAAACCUGUUAACAUCAAAACCCAGUUAGGCCCCGUACCUACACCCAUCCUCUAGAGCCAGGCUGAGGGUUGUUUGUGCCGCACGCACACCUUUCCUGCCUGGCCAGCGGCUGGGCAUGGCAAAAAAAAAAAAAAAGUAGAAGCAAAAAAUAACCGAACGCCUGCCGUCGUGUUUUUCUUAUAUUAAAUCGUCGACAUUGCGGCGUCCGAUGGUCCAUUGGCCGUUUUUUUUGUUGCCUGAAUUAAAUAUGCCAGCGUUUCCUUUUUUUGCGCCUUGAUUAUCAUAUGCGCUUGAAUUUUUAUUAUCUAUACCCUGAGAACUUUUUCUAUGCGCCACAGGAACCAGUUUAUCAGCCACUUGGUCUUGGACUUGGUCUCCUGCCAGGGCAACAAAAAAAUAGCCAACUCUUCUUUUUUCAUUAAAAAAUGAUAGGUAACUGGACUUGGACAUGUACACAAAAAAUAUUUUCACACAUUUUUCAUAGUCAUAUCAGGGCAAUAGCGCGCCGGUGGGCAGUGACGACCGCUGCGUUUUGGGCAACUCCUCCAUUUCCAUUUGUGCCGUUGCCGGCUGCAGGCAGGAGCCGGCGCCGCGGGUACACAAUUCAAGUGGUAUAUUUAUACAUAUAUAAAUAUAUGCAUAAAUAGAUUAAAGUGUCUUAAGCAGUCUGGUCUGCUAUUUAAAAUACAUUAUCCAUAUAUCAGUUUGUAGGACAGUACAAAAAAGAAACAAUCGAUAAAGUGUUAAUUGUGCCUUAAAAACAAUAAUUCCAUGCUCGAAUAUAUAUUUACGUAUAUGUAGACUAAAUCGUAAGUCCGUCCAAUCUCUUUUUCUAUGUAUUGUUAAUAUUAAGUGCCUUGACAGAAUGAAUAUAUAUUCGAAUUUUAUGUAUAUCGACUUUUUUUAUAGACCAUAUUGUAUAGAGUUUUAAGUCAAAAUACCAUGCAGUGUUCGAAGCAGAAAACUUGUUUAGUUCGAAAAGAAACUUUUAUAAAUGCUUUGUACACAAUACACAAUUUAUAGUAAAACUAACAUUUAUGAUGAUAUUCUUUCCACUUACCAAA